CGUUUGACAUUUCAUUCACAGUUGUGUAGUAAAUUCAUAUUAUAAUAUUUAUAAAGAAUUGAUAAAAAUAAUAUCAAUAAAUACAUUAAGCGUAUAAUGAGUAUGUUGGAAUAAAUAAUAACAUAAGCAUGAGUAACAUAUACAUUCAAGAACCGCCGGCAUUGGGCAAGGUGCUGUUGAAGACCUCAGCCGGUGACAUAGACAUUGAACUAUGGACCAAGGAGACGCCUAAAGCUUGCCGUAACUUUAUACAGUUAUGUAUGGAAGGAUACUAUAAUGGUACAAUAUUCCACCGAGUGGUACCGGGUUUCAUAGUGCAGGGCGGUGAUCCCAACGGGGAUGGAACUGGCGGUGAAUCGAUAUACGGAGAACCAUUUAAGGAUGAGUUCCAUUCUCGUCUGCGGUUCAACCGUCGAGGUCUGGUCGCGAUGGCCAACGCUGGUAAGGACGACAACGGCUCCCAGUUCUUCAUAACCCUGGGCUCCACUCCCGAGCUGCAAAACAAACACACCAUCUUUGGAAAGGUUACCGGUGAUACAAUAUACAACGUCCUCAAACUGACGGAGGGUUUGAUCACCGACGACAGACCUGAUCAUCCUCACCGCAUCAUCACGACUACAGUCAUCAUCAACCCCUUCACCGACAUCACGCCUAGAGUGAAGGAAGUCGUGCCAGAAGAGAAGAAGACGAAGAAGAAAGAGAUACAGGGUGUGAAGAACUUGGGUCUUCUGUCUUUCGGUGAGGACGCUGAAGAAGACGAGGAUGAAGCUCAGGAGUACAGAGGGAAACCCAAGUCCACACACGACCUCCUGCAAGAUCCUACGCUCAUCAGCAAAACGGCUGCCGAACUGGAAUUAGAAAAUGACGUGAAAGACGAUCAGAAGACAGAACAGAAGAAAGAAGAUACACUGUCAGCGGUCAGCAGCAUAAGAGAUAAGUUGAAGAAGAGAGAAAGAGAUGGAAAUACGAAUGAGAGGGAGAACAAGAAGGACGGCAGUCCGGAGGAAAAGAAGAUGAGGGAAGAGAGCGAGUCAGAGGAAGAAGAAGAGUAUUAUCUGGGGAAGGAAAGAGAUAUGGAGAGAAGAAAGGAAACAGAUCGCAUACGUAACGAAAUCAGACAGCUGAAGAAAGAAAUGAGGGGUCCUAAAGAAGUUAAAGAAGAAGUAAAAGAAAAAGAAACCAAGAAGACUGUAGAGGACAACGAAAUGUACAAAGAGUUUGUGGAAGAACAGGAGAAAUACAAGAAAAUGAAAGAGAAGAUUCCUAAGAAGGGAGCUGCCAGAGGACGAAGAACGAAAUUCACGAGAAAUACAACCAGAAGGAAAGUUUGGGUCAAGAACUUGUACGAGAACCGCGACUUCCCAGACAAUUACACGGACUCCAAGUUCCUAGAAGAGUUACAGAAGAAUCUCUUCAUUGAAAAAGUGUCUCUGUCGCAAGCGGUCCAAGGUUCGUUCAGGGUCGUGCUGAGGAUGUGCCUGUGUGUUCUGUUCGGCGUGCUGUUCGUGCAUAUGCAUGACAAGCGGAUCCACACGCACACAGUUAUGUACGUGUCCACGUCCGUCACGUGUGGGUGCUACGUGAUGUACGUGUGGGUGGAGGGUUGCAGGCUCUUGAGGCACCUGAAGAUCGUCCUCAUAUACAUAGUGCUAGGGUACAUCCUGUCUCCCGUGCUGCACACGCUGACGGACACAGUCAGCACCGACACCAUACACGCGUGGUCCGUGUGCAUGCUGGUCGUCCACCUCAUCUUCUUCGACUACGGCGUGUCCUCCGCCUUCGUCUCCAACUCUCUGUCUAUCAACGCCGCCAUUUUCUCGUCUGUGUGUCUAGUCUCGAGACUAUCAACAGCAUUCGACGCGUUCGUUCUUCUGACUAUCUCGGUUAUCUUCUUUGUGCUGAGCCCUCAGUUGUUCUCCGUGUUCCUCGGCUCUAGAUUCUUCUUGUUUCUCUUCUCCAUCACUCUGUUGAUGACUGCUGUAUCUCUGUACACGGUGUCGUCUAGUCUGUUGUUGUAUUUUGUGUUCUUAGUCCUUGUUGUUAGUGGCUGGUGUCCCUUGAUGUUCGUAAGGUGGCAGAAAUAUAAAGACAACAUCCACGGGCCCUGGGAUGAGGCGAUAAUUCAUAAUUCAGAUGAAUUCGAUGAGUUUGGAUGAAUUAGAUGAGUUUUCUACUGUCUUCUAUCACUGCCGAAAAAUUAUUAUUUUUUUCAUUAAGGCAAUAAGAACCUACUCGUUUCGUUUGUUGCUUUCUUCUUAUUAUGAGCCAUUCUUGAAUAUUCUUUGGUUAUAUAGAGAGGGGUUCAGAGCUGAUCUGACCGUCACAGCCGAUACGCCUUCAGCUCCACCACACUCGUCAGCACAAAGACAUUACAAGCCGUUAGUAACUCGGGAAGCCACCGAACCGUACACAUAAUAGCCGUAAUUAAGUCACUGUGAAUAUUAAUUCGUGUUAAAUGUAUUGUAUUUUAAUAAAAUUAUUCUCAACUAA